AUGUCCACAGAAGGAACCAGUGGCGGCCGGUCUCCUAUGUCUAUAUGCUAUACCAACACGCCUCCAUCUACCUGCAGCUCCUCGCCCAAAGAUGACGGAAGAAAUGCGGAGAAGGAACAGGAAGGCGAGCCCGUCGAGGAGUCUUUUCCAACUUGCGAGCCGGAAGUAUCUGGUUUGCCUGGCAAGCUCUCUGCCAACUCCAUGGUCUCUAUCAAAGGAUCGGUCCUAAGAAAGAUGCAAAGUCACGGCAAUCAAUUUCGGGCGAGGCAACCUGCGGCAUAUGCUGCAACUGACGGAGGUAGAGCUGCGGCUCUUGUGAUGGAAACGGCCACAUUUUCGUCGAAGGACCUUGCAGUCAUUCCCGAGAUACCUGCAUGCUCAAGCUGUCCGACAGUGGCUACAACUGAGUGGGCGGCGGCAGUAAAGAUAUAUCUGGAAACUCAAUACAACGAGCUAUUCUCUGAGAAUAUAUCACGCUCCGUGCGCCUUCAUGCGUUAGAAGCCGAGCUUUACCACUCAAAAGGACUGAGAAAUGAGGAAAAAGAAGACCGCCGAAGGACAUUUUACCGCGCGGAGACCAUCCAUUUGCGCGAGGUUCGAGCUAUGAAAGCGGCAUGUUCGAGGUCUCUAUCACGGAAAUCCAACCUCGAAACGUCCUUGUCUGGUAAGGCCACCUGCGCCAAUAAUUUCGAAGGACUCAAGGUCCUUGGCAAAGGGAGUUUCGGUGUUGUCCGGUUGGUACGAGAAAAGACAUCUGCAGGCGAUGAGGCGACAGCGAACCACGGCAAGAAAACGCAAGUUUAUGCCAUGAAGGUCAUACGAAAGUCGCAGAUGCUCAGAUCAAAUCAAGAGGGUCAUCUGCGAGCCGAGCGGGAUUUUCUGGUUGCUUCUGACGGAUCAAACUGUGACAAGUCAGAGCGUCUCUGUUCAAAGCGUUACUUGCUCAAAGACGCUGCAGCUUCUUCUCUGGCGUCCAGCUCCUACUUGCAGAGCAUCCAGAAUGGUCUUGGAGGCAGAAACAGCACUUGCAUAGCAACUGAGAUGGGUCUGGCUUGUCGUUACGUGUUUCCGUAUGAUGCCGAAGAUAUCAAGGCACAUAAGUUUUUCAAAGGGAUGCCAUGGGAACGCCUUCAUACGAUGCCGCCACCGUUCAUUCCGAGUCUUCGUUCGGAGCUCGACACACAAUACUUUGAUGAGGAAGAAUCCAUUUCUGACAUGGAAGAAAGCUCACGGGCUUCUUCUCCGUCGCCAAGCGAGGGUGGCGAUAUGCCACAGAGGAAGGACACCAAAGCAACUGUGGCUCUGGAGGCGGACAAGAUCGACAUGCUGUGUGGAAUUACACCGCUUGUGAGGGAAAAGGCUCUGGAGUGGGUGGCUACCCCGUACGAUUCAGCUCGGAUGAAGAUGAUCGAAGCCGAAGUCGAGCACAUAGCGGCAACAGGUCUGGCGCUUGCAGAUCGAGAUGUACUAUUGGAGUUCGUUCAUCGCUUUGGAAAGAAGGAGCGCAAACGGCCGCGGGACAGGCUUCUUCGUGACCCCGAGACCAAAAAGGAAGUAAUGGAGAUUCGGAAGAGGACUGCUUUCUUGGGGUACACCUGGAAGCGACCGAGGCAGCCUGAAGUCACACAGGGAAUGCAGACCAAGGAUACAGAACAUUCUGUCACCAUGAGGGCUCUCAAUCGGAGCCGGUUUUGGGCUCGACAGCCGGCCUGA